AUGCUCUUGUCGUACCGCGGCAGGACCCAAGCGGUGAUAGGAGCGGGCCAUGCGGUACUGAUAACGGGCUGUGACAGCGGAUUCGGUCAUCAUCUGGCCCGCAGGCUGGAUGCUCAGGGGUUUGUGGUCUUCGCCGGUUGUCUGUUUCCCAACGGAGAUGGUGCCCAAACUCUGCACAGAGAGAGCUCCAGCAACAUGAACAUUCUCAAGCUAGACGUCACUAAAGAUGAAGAUGUGACACAGGCAAGGACUGUGGUCCAAUCUAACUUGCCAGAGAAAGGGCUUUGGGCAGUUGUGAACAAUGCUGGCAUCUCAGACUGGUCAGAGACAGAGUGGAACUCCAUUGAUGAUUAUCGCAAUAUAGCUGAGGUCAACUUAUUUGGCAGCAUCAGGACCUCCCUAGCUUUCCUCCCAUUGGUCCGUGCCUCAAAAGGACGGAUGGUGUACGUCUCAAGCAUCUUUGCCUUCUUCAACUGUCUGACCAUGGGAGCCUACAGUAUGUCCAAGAGAGGACUGGAGGCGUUUGCAGACUGCCUACGGGUAGAGAUGGCCGGUUUUGGAGUAAAGGUGAGCAUCAUCCAGCCAGGUAACUUUGGUCCUGCUACCAGCAUCCUGAAGAGGAGAACAGGGACAGAAAUCUGGGAGAAACUGGACGAGGAGCGUCAACAGAUGUUCAACAGACAGUAUGUGGACCUGGCUAAUAACUACCACAUGUCUACAUGUAUGACUGGCAACCAGGACAGCAGCCUGGUCAUAGACGCUAUGGUGGACGCCCUCACAGCGUACAGACCUAAACGCAGAUAUCUGUUGGUCUCUAAGCUGGAUAUGUUCUUCUUCUAUGCCUUUCCCUAUCUGCCGACACGCGUCACUGAUGCAGUUUUCUACCUCAGUCCCAUGUACAACAAAAGAAAAGCAAUGCUUUAUUCCAAAUAG